CGAGUGAUUGGAGUGUGGCGGCCCGGCCUCGACAGGCUACCCUGGGCAGAGCUGCUGCAGGCUCCGGUAGCCGCCUGGGGACUCUCGUACUUGGCUGGGGUUCCGACUUCCUUCCCGGAUCCAGAUCUUGCUGUCUCGGGGACCCCACCGGAUCUCCUCCCGGAUCCUUUUCUCCUGAACCUGCUGGUUCUCUGCUUCCUGCCUCCUUGGCGCCCAUCUCCCAGCUCCGCGUUUCCCUCCUCUACUCCCCUGCCCGGUAGCCUGCUGUCCGGAGCAUCCCUCCUGCCACUUCCUGGCUUUUGCCCCUCCUUGACCUCAAAUCCCUUGACCAGCAGGGCCCUGUCAUAACCUCUCUAGACUCUCCUACACCCCUUUUGCUUUCCUCUUUGACAGGUCCUGACUCCCAAAUUCCAACUAACCCUUGACCUCCUGACAUUUGACCCUGACACUCUUGACCCCAGACCUUCAAAUUCCUACCUCCUACAGCCUGGUCCACUGAAACUGACUUUCAGCUCCCCUUUCUGAGGCUCAUUUUGACUUUCUUCCUUGGGCCAGUUUCUGCAGCUGCUACCCACUAUGGACUUCUUGAUGAGUGGCCUGGCAGCCUGUGGAGCCUGUGUGUUCACCAAUCCCCUGGAGGUGGUGAAGACCAGGAUGCAGUUGCAGGGAGAACUGCAGGCCCCUGGCACCUACCAGCGGCACUACCGAAACGUCUUCCAUGCUUUUAUCACCAUCGGCAAAGUGGACGGCCUGGCUGCCCUGCAGAAAGGCCUGGCCCCUGCCCUCUUAUACCAGUUCCUGAUGAAUGGCAUCCGACUGGGCACCUACGGGCUGGCUGAGGCUGGGGGCUACCUGCACACGGCUGAGGGCACCCACAGUCCAGCCCGCAGCGCAGCAGCUGGGGCCCUGGCUGGGGUCAUGGGAGCCUACUUGGGGAGCCCCAUCUACAUGGUGAAGACACACCUCCAGGCACAAGCAGCCUCAGAAAUUGCUGUAGGGCACCAGUACAAGCAUCAGAUCUUCCCUCCCCAGAGCUGGAAGGUGGCUCUAGUGGCUGCCAUGGUGAGCGGGAUUGCCGUGGUCUUGGCCAUGACUCCCUUUGACGUGGUCAGCACAAGGCUCUACAACCAACCCACAGAUGCCCAGGGGAAGGGCCUCAUGUACCGGGGAUUGCUGGACGCUCUGCUGCAGACAGCUCGGACAGAGGGUUUUUUUGGCAUGUACAAGGGUAUAGGUGCCUCCUACUUCCGCCUCGGCCCCCACACCAUCCUCUCCCUCUUCUUCUGGGACCAGCUGCGCUCACUCUACUACACUUAUGCUAAGUAACAGCCACUCCCACAUUCCACCAAAUCAGCACUCCUUGGACACUUCUGCGUCCACUGCUAUGUCCUGGUGACUACCGACCAGGUGACCUGUCAUCCAUCUGAGGGGGACAGCCAACCCCACUCCCCAUCUGCUCUCUCAGGGUUGAAUCACUACAAGGGAUACUCUCCCUCCCUUCUUUGGGUGUUGCUUUAAACCUUCCCUCCCCAUCCCCUUGUACAUGUCAGACCCCUCUCUCAGGGCUGGACCAGUCACUCCAAAGUGUAUCACCUGCCUCUCUCCACUGCCAGCUUUGGGUCCCUCCUGCUCCCACACACAGCUUUAAAUUCUCCACUCCAAGACUAAAGGGAACUAGGGAGGCCCAGGUAUCCUAUUAGAUUAAAAGGCACAGAGAUUAUAUUGAUCAUAAAGCAAGUUUAUUUCUGCAGAGAUGUCAUUGCUUGUCACAGGGCAGAAAUAAGAGGAAACUCUGAUAUUCGG